AUGUCUGAACUCGAGAUUCCAAUCAUCGACUUUAGUGGGUUCUACUCAAGUGAUCCCGCGGCUAAACAAGCAGUGGUUGAGCAGUGCCGAAAGCAAUGCCUCUACAAUGGCUUCUUUCAAAUCAUCAAUCAUUCCGUACCUCUGGAACAACAGCAAAACGCCCUGAGCUCGGCCAAGAACUUCUUUAAUCUCCCACAAGAAGACAAGGACAAAGUCUCAAAGAACAACAACACAUGGAACAGAGGUUAUGAGAUGUUGAGAUCUCAGAUCCUUGAGGAAGGCACUCAGCCAGAGCUCAAGGAGGGAUUUUAUAUUGGCGCUGACCUCCCUACCACCCAUCCUUACUUUGUCCACAAGAAGCUGAAUUCCGGACCAAACCAAUGGCCCCAGUCUCUCGGUGAUGGGCUCGACACUUUCAAGACAUCAACAAUGUCUUACUAUAACUCGACCUUGAAGUUGGCCUCGGACCUGCUCCGGGUGAUUGCCCUCUCGUUGGACCUGGAAGAGAGCUACUUUGAGCAAUUCAUGGACGGAGCUGUUGCAACCAUGAGACUGCUACAUUAUCCAAGUCAACCAAAAGAUGCCGACGAGAAACUCACACGCGGAAUUGGUGCACACACUGACUUUGGAGCAAUUACCAUGCUUCUUCAAGACGAAGUCGACGGGCUGCAGGUUUGGGACCAACGGAACAGCACAUGGAUUGACGUCGAGCCAACAAAGGGAGCCCUUGUGGUCAACCUGGGCAACCUCAUGCAGAGAUGGACCAACGAAAAGUUCAAGUCCAAUGUGCAUCGUGUCAUCAACAAGUCUGGCAAGGAGCGCUACUCGAUCCCCGUUUUUGUCUCUGGCAAUCCAGACUACCUAGUUGAGUGCAUUGAAACGUGCAAGAGCUCAGAAGCACCCGCCAAGUAUGAGCCAAUCACGGUUCAAGAGGCUGUUUCUGCUGCAUAUGCAGAGUCCUACGGACGGGCGCAGAAGUACAAGCAAGGUUUAGAAAAAGCUAUUGAUAGUCAGAUCCAGCCACAAGCUGUUGCCGUGUAG